UUGACGCAUGCGUGCUGGCGUGGGGCGAGGCGGAUGGCCUCAGCAGCUUCCCAGGUCGCGUUCCCAGACUCCUGGCACCGACCCCGGCGCGCCGGGGGCCUGGAAGACCGGCCCGCGAGGCGCGUUCCGGGAGGGCGCCCUGAACGGGGCUCCCGGGGGAAAGGGGCCUCCCGGAGAGGGGCCCUGGAAACGUUCGCAGGCUGCCUCCGUUUGCAGGUCCAUCUCGUGCACCGCUUAGAACACGGUUUGUAAAGGAGGAAGCUGGUGUGAACAGGGUAAGGGACGUAUCCAAGGUCGCCCAGCCCAGGAACCGUCGGACGGGGCGGAGGCCGGACGUUUAGGAGUCUUCCAGAGGGUCCUCCCAGCAGCAGCUGAACAGGGUGACUGCCGGCCGGAAGGUUCUACGUGCGAGGGGCUCGGGGGGGAAGGCGCUGCAGGCUGCGGUGCGGGUGGCACAGGAUUUCCGCGGGGCUGGGGCCCAAAGCACCACGGUUGAAGCGGCCUCAGAGGGGAGAGGCUGCAAAAGGGCCGGAGGAGUCAGUCUUGGGGAGGUUGAAGCCAGAGACUCACCUACCUCCUUUCAAGAAAUGGGAGUUUAUUGCAAACAGAUAAAUAUGCUCAGGAAUCCGGGCGAGGCAUGCGUUUGGAAUGCUCUUGGUCAGCUCAGACGCUCAGGUGCAGGCGAGGGCUGGGCUGGUUAGAGCUGCAGGCACAGGACCGGGGGCACGGUCCGGGUGGGAUGCGAUAGACUGAGGCUCUCAGGCUAAAGGACAGAAGAGGUAGGGGUGGACGCUUGAUGACACCUAAGCUAGAGUUUGAGGUUUCAGAGGUGAAGCAGUUCUGAUCCCAGGUGAGCAGCUGCUGAUAGCAGAGCCUGUGUAGGGCUGGUCCUUCAGAUGGCAGCAAGCAUCUCCAGAAUGAUGGGGUAUGACCCGGGAGGCCGAGGCACCUUCUGGCUCCUGACACCCUUGCUGUUUUCUAGGAGCGUUAGGCCAUGCUGUUGCUGGCUCAGGCACCCAAGGCUUGGCACAGGCUCUUUCAGCUCAAGCCUCCAGCCCUCCCUAGGACCCCAGGAGAGGCCCAGCACGUGAGGUACCGGCUGCUAUCAAGGCAGGGCCCUGCAGAGACAGGAAGGCAGGACCAGCCCCAGGGCCCUGGGCUACGAACUAGGUUGCUGAUCACAGCCUUGAUUGGGGCUGGGCUGGGCGGGGUCUGGCUGGCCAUGAGGGCCGAGAAGGAGCAGCGGCAGCAGCAGCGACGGACAGAGGCCCUGCGCCAGGCUGCCGUGGGCCGGGGUGACUUCAGCCUGCUGGAUCACCGGGGCCAGGCUCGCUGCAAAGCCGACUUCCGGGGCCAGUGGGUGCUGAUGUACUUCGGCUUCACUCACUGCCCUGACAUCUGCCCCGAGGAACUGGAGAAGCUGGUGCAGGUGGUGCGGCAGCUGGAGGCGGAGCCUGGCCUGCCCCCCGUGCAGCCCAUCUUCAUUACCGUGGACCCCGAGCGGGAUGACGUGGCGGCCAUGGCCCGCUACGUGCAGGACUUCCACCCCAGGCUGCUGGGCCUGACCGGCUCUGCUGAGCAGGUUGCCCAGGUGAGCCGCAGCUACCGCGUGUACUACAGCGCUGGCCCCAAGGACGAGGACCAGGAUUACAUCGUGGACCAUUCCAUCGCCAUCUACCUGCUCAGCCCUGACGGCCUCUUCACAGACUACUACGGCAGGGCCAGGUCGGCCGAGCAGGUCGCAGACAGCGUGCGGCGCCACAUGGCUGCCUUCCACAGCGUCCUGCACUGAGCUGGGUCAUUAAAAGGAUGUGGUGGA